AACCAUUGGCGGAGUCGAGCACAGUGUGUGCGUAAGGUUCCUUUAAGGCUCGGCGAGUGGUAAAAACCUUUUAGCCACCUGUGAUUGUGGGAAUAGGAUUCAUUCAGACGUCGGAGACAUUCAGGUGCACAUCCCCCUCCGCAAGCUUCCGCAUUUUCUGACGACAUUCAAAAAAAAGUUUAUCAAGAAAAACAAAAGUCAUGAAGCUCUUGCUGAUUUUGUGUGCGGCAGCAUGUCUAACAAUCGCUGCUGGCACGUUCGUCGAUGAGGAUUUUACGUUGGUAGAAGAACAGACACAUGCACCAGAUGGAAAAGAAGCUGUUGAAAUCUUCAUGGCCGAGGAGGUGACAACUAAGAAGGCGUCCGUCAGGGUGACAACAACCACGACCUCGGCGCCUGUGGCGAUUGUCGAUGCCGUAGAAGCAACUACCUCAGCAAAUAAGGCCCCAAAGACAUCGAGUCGCCCUCGAUCAUCUGGAUCUCGACGAAAGCAGCCGGCUAAAGCUGCUGCUGCUGCUGCUGCUGUCGAAGAGGAAGAAAGUCUCAAGGCUGAAAUGACCAGUCCAGCAUCCGUGGAUACAGCAUCUGUUUCGAUUUUAGCUCCAAAGAAUUUCAAGCCAACGCCCAAACCUUUAGAAGAAAUCCAACAAACCCAGGGCCUUAUGGAAUUUCUAAAGAAACGCAAAAUUGAACGCAUUCAAGCGUCUACCACCGAAGACCCGUUUGCCUCGAUCUUAGCCACGGCAACAGCGCCAUCCACCGAGGAGCCAGUGUCACCCGCUGGUCUGAGCAAGGACAUUGCAUCUGUUCGAUCCAGCAGCGGUUCAUCGAAGCGUUUACCUACCACUAACCGUCGUUUCGGCGCCAGCCCUCGAGCCACUACGGCUGCCACCACGACAACGACAACUCCAGCGACGGAAGCGCCAACAGUUGCCACUGUUACCACUAAACGCCCCAACCGAUUUGGUGCGCUUCGUAAUAACAAGGCUCUGAGUGCUCCGGCUGUUCCGGCUACGACAACCGCACAACCAGUCACCGAAGCGCCCAAACCAACAGAGUCUGCCCGUUCAAAAUUGUUCCCUAAGCGACCGACCAAUUUGCGACCGGUCGCCAACUCCAUCUCGAGGCGAAAGGAUCAAUCGACUACCACGACCACAGCUGCCCCAGCUGCCGAAGCUGUUGAAGAGGAUGUCAUCGUUCCCAUUCCGGAAGAACUCGAAAUUAUCGCUGAGCCGACAACAGCAGCUCCCCUCCGCCGGGCCCGUGGCCGCAUCGCUCCCCGAGUGAGUGGCAUCUAGACGGAUACAUUUUUUUCUCUCUUUUGUUUGUUUUUCGUUGUAGAUUUUACCGAUCUUUUAUUCUUACAUCACACCAUCAUCGAGAACUGUGUCAUCAUAAAAAAAUCCCAAUCGUGUUAUUACAGCCUUUCAAUACAGUUCUUUUUAUUCUU